UCUCUCUUUAGCUGCUACAACCCAUCCUUUCCACAUCGACGCUACUGUUAACGUCACGCCUGGAAGCCCUUCUUGCACCCUGCGCUCACUUCGCCUGCCUCACUGCUGUCUCCCCUGGUCGGACACCGCGUCCGAGAGGAGGCGCUGAUCGGCGCCACAAAAGGAGGGGUGGUUUGAGUAGAAGAAAAAAGAGGACUGGAAGGCAAGAGGAUAAAAGAACAGAAAGGAGAAACUGCGCACCACCCCUCCUCCUUCUGAACUUACCCCCCCACCCACGAUCAACACCACCACUCCUUUGGACGCUCCCCCCUCCUCUCCGACUUGCAGCCUCCAUCCCGCCCUCCCGCUCUGAAGAAAUUGACGGAUUAUUGGGAAGUGCGCGGGAGGCAGGCUGCAGCUGCUGCUUUGUGCGCUUGGCAGGGAUGGUGCGCGUGCGUCCGCAAUUUGCCGCACGGCCGCAGUGUGCGACAACUUGAUGAGAGGAGACGUGGGGAUAAGGACGGCGGGAAAAAGUCGGGACCCGCGCCGAGCCUUGUGAACCCCUGCCGAGCGCGCAGGAAAAGAGACGGGGGGGGGGAAAAAUCAAGUGGAAACGAUGCCACAUUGAAGAGGGACAGAGAGAAGAGCUAUCAAACUGACCAACCGAGCAAAUGAUUGACCACUGAAAAGUGGGCACAGGAAUACAAAGAGGAGGAGGUGGGGGGGUGGGCUUCUUUUUUCUUUUUCUUUUCUUUUUUUAAUCCCCGGGUUGUCAAUCUCUCCUCCGGAGCACCGCAAACAAACAAGCAAAGAACGCUGCAAAAAGGGACUGUGGAAUUCUCUUUCAGCCUUUUUGUUUGGUCCCAUCUGACUCUUUUGGACAAUCGUGUCAAAAGACCAGUGCUAUGGAAACCUGGAUAAGGUGUCCAUCUAGAGGAUCAACUGUCCGAUUCCAAGGACAAGCAAGGCAAGAGGAGCUGACUGCCAGAAGCCAGCAGUGGAGCACCGCUUCUUUGGGAGCCUGAGUGGAUUCCUAUGUACAAUCUUUUUUUUUUUGUUAUUGUUGUUGCUCAAGAGACAAAUCAUAAAGGGCCUUUGAAUCUUUUGGAUUGGAUGUAUGGAUUUACAAAAAGGGCUCAUCCUGGUUUAGCAGGGCAGUUGUUAAAAGGCUUUUGUUGCUGCUCGGGGAUAUACGUGCAUCUCAAGUUAGUGCCACAGCUCGUUGUGUGGGAGGCUAUACAUCCGAGUUCAAGGACCUGUAAUGUUAAUUUGAGGUAGGUGUCUAGUGUUACAACCCCUCUUUGCAUCAGUUUGCAACACCCUCCCUUCUUGACUUUGUAAUAUGGCUUUUGGUUGCUUAAUUUACUACUAUGUCCUUCUCAUACAUGUUGCAGAACAGCCAGCCCCCACUUCCCAUUCCCCACACCCCGAAGCACAGAUCAUGGGAAUACAUUAUUAACUAAAGAUAGUCAAAAGUCUCCUUCCUAUACCAGUAUGUCCCCUGUCCAUCUUCAGUUUCUUUAUCCCUACUGAAUCUGGUCCCCGUAUUACUAAAGCCAGUUAACCAUCUCUUCUUCCUGUACCCAAAGCUCCCCCCCCCACGCACACCACCAGCCCCCCAGAUGAUGCUGAAUUAUGAAUGUGCCACAUCAUGAGUCUCCUGGGGAGGGUAGCUGCGCAUCGUGCCAGGAAAGCCGCCCUACUCUGUGUAGUGUUCCUGAUGGCACGAGCAUGGAGCAGUGCCUCCCUGGCCUUAGGGGCGGCGGCGUCACAAGGACCCCAGGGCUGUCCCCCACAGUGCUCUUGCAGUAAUCAGCAGGGGAAGGUGGUGUGCACAAGACGGGGCCUCACUCGCGUGCCCCCGGGCAUACCAGCCAACACGCGACACCUCAAUCUGAUGGAAAACGCCAUUGAGGCGGUGCAGGCUGACUCAUUCCGGCACCUGCACCACCUUGAGGUGCUCCAGCUUGGGCGGAAUGCCAUUCGGCAGGUUGAGGUGGGCGCGUUUAAUGGACUUACUAGCCUCAACACCCUAGAGCUGUUUGACAACCGGCUGACGGUGGUACCCAGCGGGGCCUUUGAGUACCUGUCAAAACUAAGAGAACUGUGGCUGAGGAACAACCCCAUUGAGAGCAUUCCUUCCUACGCCUUUAACCGGGUGCCAUCCUUGAUGCGACUGGACCUUGGCGAGUUGCGGAAACUGGAGUACAUCUCAGAAGGAGCUUUUGAAGGUCUACAAAAUCUCAAGUACCUCAACUUGGGCAUGUGCAACAUCAGGGGGGAUAUGCCAAACAUGAGUCCCCUCAAGGGUCUGGAGGAGCUGGAGAUCUCUGAAAAUCACUUCCCUGUGAUAAGGCCGAGCUCCUUUCAAGGCCUGAACUCGCUGAAAAAGCUAUGGGUGAUGAACUCACAGAUAACCGUGAUAGAACGCAAUGCCUUUGAUGACUUACCGUCACUGGUGGAGCUUAAUCUUGCCCAUAAUAACCUGAGCGCUGUGCCCCACGAUCUGUUCUCCCCGCUCAGGUACCUGGUGGAGCUUCAUCUCCAUCAUAAUCCUUGGAACUGUGGCUGCGAUGCUGUAUGGUUGGCACGCUGGCUAAGGGAAUACAUCCCCACAAACUCAACUUGCUGCGGACGCUGCCACUCACCUGCCAACAUGAGAGGUCGACAGCUUGUGGAGGUAGACCGAGGCGAGGUGGCCGCAAUGCAGUGUUCCGCUCCGUUCAUUGCGGAUGCACCAAGGGAUUUUAACAUCUCAGCUGGGAGAGUUGCUGAGCUUCGGUGUCGCACAGCCCAGAUGUCUUCAGUACGCUGGCUCCUACCUAAUGGGACUAUCCUGACUCACGCCUCCAGUCAUCUGAGGAUAUCGGUACUCAACGACGGCACCUUAAAUUUCUCAAAUGUCCUAGCUAUUGACACUGGCACGUACACCUGCAUGGUAUCCAAUGCAGCUGGGAAGUCCAAUGCUUCGGCCUACCUCAACGUGAGUGCAGCUGAGCUCAACACAUCCAACUUGAGCUACUUCACAACUGUGACAGUGGAGGUCUUGGGCCCGACCACAGAGAUGCCCAAACCCAAGAAGACCACAACCACAUCUGCUGCUACGGCGGUGGCCGGCGUACCGGGAGGAGGUCUGGGCCUUGGAAUAACCACCACAACUGCCUCACCCUCUGUCUUUCAGCCAGUGUUCAUCUCCACACCAACUGUGUUGCUACAAAGCACAGACAGCCCACCAGGUGCGGCAAAGCCAUCUGCCGUGCCCGGACUCAAAGGGGCCACCGGCAGGCCUGGCAAAUCUGGUCCGAGUCUGGAUGAGGUCAUGAAAACCACCAAGAUCAUAAUUGGUUGCUUUGUGGCAGUAACGCUGAUGGCUGCCGUGAUGCUCAUUGCCUUCUACAAACUGAGAAAGCGCCACCAGCAGAGGAGUACCGUGGCAGCUGCUCGAACCGUGGAGAUCAUCCAGGUCGAUGAAGAGGACCUUCCGCCACCAGCUUCUGCAGCUCAAGAGACGGCUCUAACGCUACCUGAAAUUAGGGACCAUAAUAGCAUACACAAACUGGACUAUCUGAGUCACAAGACGGACUACAGCUAUCACAAACCAAAGGCUGAAUACAAACCUCAGCCUGAUUUCACCCUUCACAAGCCGAAAGCAGCGUAUACGACGUACAAGCCCAACAUGGACUUCCAUGGCCACAAGUCUGUCCCAGACUACAGCGCUCACAAAUCCACACCAGAUUUUAGCCUGCACAGACCAAAGCUUGACUACAGCCCAUUUAGACAGGACUACAACACUCACAAACCCAAAGCAGAAAACAGCCCAUUCAAACCAGACUUUGGGACUCAUCCAAAAGCAAGAACAGACUACAGCCCAUUCAAAUCAGACUACAGCACUCAUCCGAGGCAAAAGAUUGACUUCAGCCCGUUUAAAAGAGAUUACAGUACCCAACCAAAAUCCAAACAUGACUACAGCCCAUUACGAUCUGACUACAACCCUCAGUAUAAACACAAGGUUGAGCAUAGCCCCUUGAACCACGACUUUGGAACUCAUCCGAGACCUAAACCGGAUUAUAGUCCAUUCAAGCCUGGCUACAGCACUCAGCCGAAACCCAAAACGGACUACAGUGUCCAGAAAUGUAAACCUGACAGCAACUACAAACCCAAGGACCCUUAUAACGUUUUCAAGACAGACUUGAGUCCGCACAAAGCGGACUUCGGCGCCUUUAAAUCGGGAUUCAGUCCCCAUGCUCAGAGACCUAAAAUGGAUUACAGUCCACACAAAGUGGACUACAGCCCCCAUAAAAUGGACUUCAGCACCAUGAAACCGAAAUACAACACCUAUAAACCGAGUGGCCACGGGGCCAAAUGGACAGAGAACAACGUGGGCAAUUCUUUGCCUCGAACCUUGCCCAGCAACAUCACAGCAUUGGCAGAGCCCUUUGUCAUUAAAACUCAUACCAAGGAGAAAGUACAGGAGACUCAGAUUUAAAAAAGCUAAGAUGGCCCACCCUUAGGCCCCUGCUGUUGCCCCCAAGCCACACCCCUUAUCCUUUUCCCAAUUAAAUCAUGCAAUAGAAUGCACAAUGAAAAAAAUUGACAGAAACUACUAUUUUGUACAGAGCAGACGCAAAGACUGACAAGUUCUUGUUGUACAUGCUUAUAAAUAAACAUAUAUAUAUAUAUGGACACAUUAAAACUACCAUGGGCUGGUGACAGAGAAACAUAUAUUAAAAAGAAAAUCAAACUAUUUUCUAACUUGUAACUUCUAUUUAAAAUAAUACGUUGUUUAAGAGGCUGUCUUGACUUUGACAAAUGAGGGUCGUGUUAAAAAAAAAAAAAAAAAAAAAAAAAAAAAGAGACAACGGGGUUUGGGCAUUCUGUGUGAUUUUUACACCAUGCUACAGAGAAUGCAGUGAUAAGGGGAAAUAUUUAUACAGAAAAGUCCUUUUAACAAAAAACUAAAAAAAAAAAAAAAGUCAACAUGGAUCUUUACAGGUUUAUCUUGUAAAAGCACUCAGAAUUUGUACCGUGGCAAAUGUUAUAAAUGCAAUAAAAAGAAUUUUUGUAACAAACAAACAAAGGUAAUAUGCUGUAGUUUCCUGUUCUCCUGGUGUGUUUCUGUAAAGAUCAGCCAAUUGCUGUAGAUACUGCAGCAAGAUGCAGCGGUAUUGCUUUUAACCCUGUGUAUGCUGAAUGAGGAAGACGUUGUAAUUUACAGCGCAGAGGUCCCAUGCUGCUAUUCCCACCCCACCCCCCAAUUACUACGUUGUUGACAUUACAGCUUGAAGCCAUAGUGCUGUAUCAGGCUGGUCAACAAAUUAUUAGAAUCGUACAAUGAUAUAAUCAAAGGUGAAUGAAUGGCAAUCAUUGCAACGAUAACUGAAUUGUUCACCCGCGACUGAUGAGGCGAACCUCUUCCAUGGUUAGGGAUUUAAGAGCAGAUGUAAUUGCACAUAAACGAGUAAAAGGUGAUAAAUUGGGGUGAAAGCGACUGAAAUGCAAAGACCUCCUCUUGCCUGGAAAAUAUAGAUCAAUUGCACUUUUCAUUGCACAGCCAGCUGUUGUGCCUU